GACUGGGAGGGAAUCCUGGGCCCCCAUUGGCUCCCGGCUCACCGCUGCAGUUGAGCUCCAGCCGCUCGGAGAGCAUUAUCGAUCUGAAGGGUAAACGUGGAGGGAGCCACGGAGAAGGGGUCCAAGCGUUUCUGAGAAGAGAAGCAUCCUCUUCCAGGAAGAAAGUGCCGUCUCCCGGCCGCCGCGGUGGCGAGAACCUGCAGCGGAUGCAAGGAGCCGCCACUGCGAGGCAGUUUGCGGGCACAGUGAUUUAGAAAGAAAUAAUAACAAUAAUAAUAAAAGCGCCAGAGUGAGAGAGAGAGAGCGAGAGAGGAGGGAGGGUCUCACCUUCAGUUGCAAGUCUGGGUUGUUGCAUUCUGCUGCUGCUGCCCAAUCCCGCUGCUCCUCCUUGCAGCUGCGGUUGCUGCCAGCAGCGACUGUGCCCAGCUGAGAUUACCCUUUUUGCUGCCUUGGCGUUAUCUCCAUCACAGUCAAACUAAAAUGAAAGAUUGAGAAGGAUUGCCUUAUCUCUUCUGGAAUAAGAUACAUUUUACUCUGUUUUGGAAUAUCAUCUGUUUGGGACUCAGUAACACUUUGGAAUUUUAAAGUAUGCCAGCCCUCCUAAAGACAGCGCGGGGCUGAGCAUCCACGGGAAAGAGCAGCGCAGCAUGCGGCUACUUGGAAGGUGUUGAUUGAAAACUUCCCUCUUCCCCACCCCGGUCUCGCUCCAUUUGGCUGAUUUCUCAGCGCGUUCACGGAGAAUAUUGCAAUUAAGGUCCCUAUAGAUGGAAUAUAAUACAUCUGAAGGCUUUUCAUCCAAAGGAUUAAUGCCGGCAUUAUUAGUUCUGCAAUAAAAUAGAGCAUUAAGUGGUGGAGCCCGCAGACACCUCAAACCUGGAUUUCACAACUCUGCUUUAAGGGCUGGAGUUUUUAAUUCCUCAGCUGUAGGAAAGCCUUUGCCAAUGCUUACAAGGAACUGUUUAUCCCUGCUUCUCUGGGUCCUGUUUGAUGGAGGUCUCCUAACACCACUGCAACCCCAGCCACGACAGACUUUAGUUACCGAACCAAGAGAAAAUGAUAAUCACCUGCCAGGGCGGAGAUCACAUUUGCACCGAGUUAAACGUGGCUGGGUAUGGAAUCAAUUUUUUGUGCUGGAGGAAUACAUGGGCUCCGAGCCUCAGUAUGUGGGAAAGCUCCAUUCUGACUUAGAUAAGGGAGAAGGCACUGUCAAAUACACCCUCUCAGGAGAUGGCGCUGGCACCGUCUUCACCAUUGAUGAGACCACAGGGGACAUUCAUGCAAUCAGGAGCCUGGACCGAGAAGAAAAGCCUUUUUAUACUCUCCGUGCUCAGGCCGUGGACAUAGAGACCAGCAAGCCCCUGGAGCCCGAAUCAGAAUUCAUCAUCAAAGUGCAGGAUAUUAAUGAUAAUGAGCCAAAGUUUCUGGACGGCCCUUAUGUUGCUAGUGUGCCAGAAAUGUCUCCUGUGGGUGCUUAUGUGCUUCAAGUCAAGGCCACAGAUGCAGAUGACCCGAAAUAUGGAAACAGUGCUCGAGUUGUUUACAGCAUUCUUCAGGGACAACCUUAUUUCUCUAUUGAUCCCAAGACAGGUGUUAUUAGAACAGCAUUGCCAAACAUGGACCGGGAAGUCAAGGAACAGUACCAAGUCCUCAUUCAAGCCAAGGACAUGGGCGGACAGCUGGGAGGGCUGGCUGGAACGACCAUCGUGAACAUCACCCUCACUGACGUCAAUGACAACCCACCUCGAUUCCCUAAAAGUAUCUUCCAUCUGAAAGUCCCCGAGUCAUCUCCUGUUGGCUCAGCUAUUGGGAGAAUAAGAGCUGUGGAUCCUGAUUUUGGACAGAAUGCUGAAAUCGAAUACAAUAUUGUUCCAGGAGAUGGAGGAAAUUUGUUUGAUAUUGUGACUGAUGAGGAUACACAGGAAGGAGUCAUCAAGUUGAAAAAGCCAUUGGAUUUCGAGACAAAGAAGGCUUAUACGUUUAAAGUGGAAGCGUCCAACCUUCACCUGGACCACCGCUUUCACUCUGCGGGCCCCUUUAAGGACACGGCCACCGUGAAAAUCAGUGUGUUGGAUGUGGACGAGCCGCCAGUGUUCAGCAAGCCCCUGUACACCAUGGAGGUCUAUGAGGACACCCCAGUGGGGACCAUCAUUGGGGCUGUCACUGCCCAGGACCUGGAUGUGGGCAGCAGCGCUGUUAGGUACUUCAUAGACUGGAAGAGUGAUGGGGACAGCUACUUCACAAUAGAUGGAACGGAAGGAACCAUCGCCACUAAUGAAUUACUAGACAGAGAAAGCACGGCACAGUAUAAUGUCUCCAUAAUUGCGAGUAAAGUUAGCAACCCGUUGUUAACUAGCAAAGUUAACAUAUUGAUUAAUGUCCUGGAUGUCAAUGAAUUUCCUCCAGAAUUAUCUGUGCCAUAUGAGACAGCUGUCUGUGAAAACGCCAAAGCAGGACAGAUCAUUCAGACCGUGAGUGCCACUGACAGAGAUCUUUCACCUGCUGGGCAGCAAUUCUCCUUUAGAUUAUCACCUGAAGCUGCCAUCAAACCAAAUUUUACUGUUCGUGACUUCAGAAACAACACAGCUGGAAUUGAAGCAAGAAAAAAUGGAUACAGCCGCAGGCAGCAAGAGUUGUAUUUUCUCCCCGUUGUAAUAGAAGACAGCAGUUACCCUGUCCAGAGCAGCACAAAUACAAUGACUAUACGAGUUUGUAGAUGUGACUCUGAUGGUACCAUCUUGUCUUGUAAUGUGGAAGCAAUUUUUCUACCUGUAGGACUCAGCACCGGUGCUUUGAUUGCAAUUCUACUGUGCAUAGUUAUACUCUUAGCCAUCGUCGUGCUGUACGUGGCCCUGCGGAGGCAAAAGAAGAAAGACACCCUGAUGACGUCCAAGGAGGACAUCAGGGACAACGUGAUCCACUACGACGAUGAAGGCGGUGGGGAAGAGGACACUCAGGCCUUCGACAUCGGUGCUCUGAGAAAUCCCAAAGUCAUCGAAGACAACAAAAUCCGCAGGGAUAUCAAACCCGACCCUCUCUGUUUACCUCGCCAGAGACCCCCAGUGGAAGACAACACAGACAUAAGGGAUUUCAUUCAUCAGAGGCUGCAGGACAAUGACGUGGACCCCAGCGCACCUCCCUACGACUCGCUGGCCACCUACGCCUACGAGGGCAACGGGUCCAUCGCAGAGUCCCUGAGCUCCAUAGACUCCCUGACCACAGAAGCUGACCAGGACUACGGCUAUCUCACGGACUGGGGGCCCCGCUUUCAAGUCUUGGCAGACUUGUUCGGAGAAGAAGAGCAUCCUAACCCUGAUAAGGUCACUUAGGGGGGAUGCAAACGCUCACGUGCAGCAGGAGAAACUUCAGAGGAAAAACGAGAAAUCUCUCACACACACACACACACACACACACACACACAAAAAAAAAACUCAAACACACACACACACACACACACACACACAACUUUCUAGUCCAAGAUUCCUUUGAUUUUCUGGUUUCUAGCAAGUUGCUAUCUUCACCAUAUUGUCAGUUUGGGUUUUUCUGCCUAUUGUAUGUAUGUGCUUGAUUUUGUUUAGUUUUUGUUUUUGUUUUUAAAUUUUGGGAUAUCACUGAGACAAGCUCAGGCCUAUUACAUGCGAUUUGCUGAUGUGACAACCUGAAGGAAGAGAGCUAUGUGGCAUCACGGUGGAAGAGUGUUAGAUUUUUCUUAAUUCCACUAAAGUGCCUAUUGAAACUCUUAUCAUUUCAGUUGUAUCCAGUACACUCUGCUGUGAUGGCACUGCAGAAUUUAGAGAACCGGAAGACGUAUAACCAAGACACGACCUUUAUGCCAAGGAGCAAUAGCAACUUGCUAAUAUGCUGACAUCUAAUUCUUUCCUUUGGAAGAAAAAAAAAAACAAAAAAGAAUACUUUCUGAACUCCAUCUCCUAAGACUUGAUUUUUUUUUCUUUCUUAAACUGUAUAUGAAACCACCUUUGUUUCCUACCCUUUCAAGAUAUUCAAAUAAAUGUGAUGUUAUCAAAUUCAACAUGUAAUCCCAAUUUUCCAAACAAUGUUUGAUCUUAAUAUUACUUCAUAUUUUAAAUGUUCAUUCAGAUGUGACUUUUUUUUUCCAAAAAAUAAACUUUCUAAAAUGCGAUUUUAAAAAUCCCUCUUUAUAAAGAGGCCUCAGGGCUGAAAUUUCACGUUAAAAUAAAUGUUGGUUUUAUUUUAAUACUGGGCUGGCGUGGAAGGUUGGCUUUAAGAACUAAGCUGAUUGUUUCAAUCAUAAGUCACACAAAGCAUUUUAAAUUAUGUUUCUAUUAUGGCUUUUAGAUUAAAAAGAGACAUUCUGUUAAACAUGAGAAGAUAAAUUCCUUAUAUAACCUCUCAUAUUUCCUCACAGUAUUAUUUUUUGAGCAUAAAAUGUAAUAACUAUGAAAUAAUACAGAAUACGUUUAGCGCAUUUCUCAGAUAUUUAUUACACCUUAUUAAGCAAGUAAAAUCAGGGAUUUUAGAAAUUACAAAUCAAUGAGUAUUUCCUAAAAUGAGAAAAAAAUACAAAGUCAGGCCAUUUGUUUAUUUUGCAAACAUAGAUUUUAACCAUAAACAUUAUUAUAUUGGAGCUCCAACUGAUGACUAGCACUGUUUUUUUCACUAAUUCUAAUACAAAUAAUCUCCUAUAACUACUUUGUAAAGAAUUUUAAUUCUUAAUUUUAUGCAUAUUUUUGAGAAUUAUUAGAUUUGAUAAGCAUAAAUUAAAAUAGACUCAAACAUUACUCUCGAUGGAUUGCAAACUAUCUAGAAAUGCACAUAAAAUAGACGGUAUCUAUAAAGCAGUUUAUUUUCUUAUAACUACCCAAGUGACUACUGGAAUUUUUAACAAUAUGCAAAAAUAGGUGUUGCUUAUAGGUUCAUCAGGAAGACAUAUUCAAUACCUAGCUUUAUUUAUAAAAUAUUUUGGGUAUAUUUAUAUUUGUAAGAUUGUAGAUGUACUGAUUCACACAUUAGGAAAAUGCAUAAAAUAUGGUUAAUUUGAAAUUGUAUUUGGUUGUGUUCCUUGUUAAAUGCUUACUUUGCAAUUACAUAAGCAAUAAUUAUUCUGUGGAAGUUGGACAUUCAAAUCUGCAUAAACUAUCCUUUUCACUUGAUAUUUCAUAGCUCUAUCAUCUUCAUCUUUUCCUAAUUGGGAAUAAUCGUUGAACUAUUUUCCCUCCUCUAACUGUUCCAGCAUUGCUAUCGAUCAUCACUCGUUACUAUAUUCCAAUAUAAUGUGAUGUAAUAAUAUGCCAUGGGAAUUCCUUGUGUGUUUUUUUAUUAAAUUCAUGUUGUAGCUGCGGUGGGGAAAUAAAGGGCAACUUUGGGGUUUGCUCUUGAAAUAUUAUUUGGUAUAACAUGAUGCAUGACUCCCUGAAGAAAACGAACAUGUGAAAACUCUUUUGGCUGGCCAAAAUAUUCUCAUAUGGGAUUACGACAUUUUGCAUGCUGCAGCUGAAAAAAAAAAAAAGCUUGUGUGAAUAACUUUGGACAGAACGGUUCAUUCUAACCCAUGACACUGAGAUAUUAGGCAAAAUAUAAUAUGGUCUAUAUUUUUCCCAACUUGGUAAUGCAUUCUUAUGUUAAGGUACAUCUUUUAUUUUUCUAUAUCACAAUAUUUCAUUAAGACUGCUAUAAUAAUACAAUACUGGCUAGACUACUUAAAUACUAUUUCUUGGGGGGAGUAUAAUUCUUUUUUUUUAUAGAUGUCACAGUAGUUUAUUACAUUCAAUAUUCCAACACCAGUCCCACCACCAUAACACCGUCCCACCACCACUAUUUUGAAUUACUUCACCAUCACCCAAGCCUGUUACAAAAGCGUUUAUAGUUCUUGAGACUGAAUGUCCAUGAUCAAGGAUUUGGAAGAAUUUUUUUCCCCCUAGUGGAAUGUCAUCUUAUUACAUAGAUGACCAUCUUGGUCUUCCCAUAAUCUUCCUUCUGUGCUAAUUUUUCUUGUAAAAUACCAGUCAUAUAAAACCCUCUUACAUUAUCUCUUUUUAUCUUAAUCACCACUGCAAUAGUCAAAAUAGUCACAGCUUGAGUUAUUGAUGUUUAAGACUUCAAAUUAGAAAUUACAGAUGGAUAUGAUUCAAUCAUAACAACCAGAAACACCAGAAACAUCACAACAGCAGUUUUUAAUAUAUAUAUGUAUAUACAUGUAUACAUAUAUAUGCGUAGUUACUUGUAACUAAGAUAAUUAAAAGUAAUUUGAAUUGAAGUAAUUUCAAGCAUAAUGGGAAACUAGAGGAACUAUAUCUUAAAAAGAACUGGUUGCUAGUUGUAAGUUAAAUGCAGUGCUGAUAAGCUGUUACACUAUGAAAAUUUUAAUGAAUAAAUACUUGUAAUGUCUUUGGA